CCCUGUACUAUAAGAUCCCAUAUUAAAAUGCUGUCACAGUAAUGAUUAGAACACUCAUUAAUCUUGGUCGUAGAAAGAGAUACAGUGGUAUAAGACAAUCUACUUAUUUAACUCCCCAUUUUAGCUACUAAUUAGUCUCCGUCUUUGUCUAUUUGUAAUGAAAGUACAUGCAAGGAAUACAUGUGCACUAGCCGGCAAUCACUCAGUCGCCUUCAUGUGUAUCUGUAUGAAUGGUCAUGGUCAAGAAAUGUUUACAGUAUACGUCGAAUGUGAACAAAAAAGGAGGUAGUCUAGGUGGAUUGACCUUCAAGCAAAAUCAAUACACUCCAGUUGCCCAAUAUGUAAGCUUGGGAAAGGGAUGGUCUCCAAGUUGAAUUGGAAGGCUCUCGCUUGCCAAAUAUUACUUCCAUGUCAAUCACUCAAUUGUACGAUUACACUAAAUGGAAGUUUUAGUAUCAAAUUGUCAACUUAUACUGGAAUUGUAUAGCUUCUUAGGCCGAUGGUUAGUAUUUCAGGCUAGUAAUUGAUGUUUUUUGUCAGCUCAUCUGGUAUUUUUCACUUGAUUAGACAAGCCUCGUGUAUUUUGGUGCUUUUAAAUUUGGUUGUCGGAUUGUUUUUCGAGUUACUGUUGCCUGAUUUGAUUAUAAGUCAACUGACUCUGCUGCCUUCGUAAAUCAGUGCAGAAUGUUUUGUCUUCUUCAUCUUGAUUGGUAUAUGGCCAUGUUACUCAAGCAUGUCUUGGAGAAUAAGUUUAAUAUUUGUCAUGCUUUCCUUAAAGUUUAAUGCCCUGAAAGAGGACUUGUUUGGAGUGCAGUCGAUCAUCACUACUGUGACUGUCUCUGAAGCAUCUCCGUCUUCUCUAUUAGAGUACUUUUUUAACAGCCCUCCUGAAUUGGAGGGUAACCGUGCUAAGCAGCUGGCCUGUAGGGAAUGUCUUGGUCCGGUGAUUAUCUCUCAAUUUUUUAUGCAUGGAUCAACUGUACCAGAGCUUAUUAAGAAUCUCACUACUUGUCUGAAGAAGAAAGAUGAUGAUGUAGCCAAAAUUAUCUUGGAAGCACUGAGAAAGCACGAGUAUCGGUCUACGGUUGGGAGAAUAUGAUCUUGGUCGGGAUUGAUUCUCGGUUAACUAGGCAAUUUGACCGGU